CGGAAGUAAACCAGCAUCAGAUUCCAAUUUCUGAUUCUCACUCUCUCUUUAAUUCAUUAGCAGAGAUUUGGGUUGUCCUUGUCUUCUUCAUCGUCGAGAUUCCAUCCAUGGAGAUAGUCAGAAGACCAUCGCACGCUGGUUCUUGGUACACCGAUAACCCUAAAAAGCUAGCAGAAGAGCUUGAAGGAUGGCUUAGAGAGUCUGGGCUCACCAAGUCUCAUGAUGUGCGAGGUGUCAUUGCUCCGCAUGCCGGUUAUUCAUAUUCGGGUCGUGCUGCUGCCUAUGCAUUUGGCAACAUUGACCCAACAAACAUUACUCGGGUGUUCCUUCUUGGUCCAUCUCAUCAUUACUACACUUUGAAGUGUGCCGUUUCAACAGCCACGGUUUACAGGACCCCCAUUGGGGACCUACCUAUUGAUUUGGAAGUGAUUGAGGAGCUAAAAGCUACUGGAAAAUUUGAAACCAUGGAUAUUCGUGUUGAUGAGGAUGAACAUAGCAUGGAAAUGCAUUUACCAUAUCUUGCUAAAGUUUUUGAGGGGCACCCAGUUAAAGUUGUACCGAUUUUGGUUGGCGCUCUUAAACCUGAAGCAGAAGCUAUGUAUGGACAGCUCCUUGCCAAAUAUGUAGAUGAUCCAAAAAAUUUCUUCUCUGUGUCAUCAGACUUUUGUCAUUGGGGAUCUCGGUUCAACUACAUGCAUUAUGACAAGAAACACGGGGCCAUACACAGAUCCAUUGAGGCUUUGGACAGGAUGGGAAUGGAUAUAAUAGAAACAGGAAAUCCAGAUGCAUUCAAACAGUAUCUGUCGGAGUAUGAUAACACCAUUUGUGGGCGCCAUCCGAUAAGCGUUUUUCUGCAUAUGCUGAGAAACUGCUCAACAAAAAUAAAGAUCAAUUUCCUCCGGUAUGAGCAGUCAAGUCAGUGCAAAACUAUGAGGGACAGCAGCGUGAGCUAUGCAUCCGCAGCAGCAAAGUUGGAUGCUUGAAAGAUUAAUUCCAUCAAGACAUUCAGCAAUUUAAUUUCAUCAAUUCAACUGUAAUGCUUAACUCCAGCAUAUAUGCACUUCAUGAACAACUGUCCCUGCUUGUAGAUACUAAUAUAAGGAUCAGGUUGCCUCACGCAUUGGUUUUUCCUUUUAAUCAUGAAACUAUGAAAGACUCCAAUACUGGAGCCCAAACUGUGAACUAGUGACGGGGAUCAUGGUUCUUUUCUUUUUCCGCCAUCUAUGUAUACAUUUAUAAUAUUUCGC